AAACAAACAAUAUCAAUCUUAGUUUUCCAAGUAAAAAAUCUUAGUGUAGAAAGUACAAACAAACAAACAUAUGGCCGUAAAGAAUCAGUUGCGGCGGCAAGAAAAACAUCAUCAAAUGUUCCAAUUUUUUCAACUAAAAAAUUCAUUUAAUUCACGUCCACUCUUUCAACUUGCUUAAUCACUUUCAUCAUCAACAUCAUCUUCUUCUUCUUCUAAAACAAUUAUUAAGCAAUAAGUCAAUAUAAAUCUAUGAAAUCGGGACACAAACGUCACCAAACACAAUAACUGACAUAUCGACACCGAUAAUAAUUUGAGAAAAUGACAUUAUUUAAUAUAUUUAUAAGUAUUGUUGUCAUGUCGAUGUCUGACGUGUGUCCAACACGGGACACAACUUAAUCUGAUGAGUGUAUGUGCUAUUAUAUAAAUAAAUACUAUACAAGAUAACAAAUAAAUGCAGAUGCAUACAUUAUAUCUUGUAGUAUUUCUCUGAAAUCAGUAUGGAUGUGAAGAAUAGUGAGAAUCAAACAAGUUUGAUUUUUGCUAUCAAUGGUGACAAGUUUGAGCUAUCCAAAAUAGACCCAUCAACCACUUUGCUAGAAUUCUUGCGUACUCAAACUAGAUUCAAGAGUGUUAAACUUGGUUGUGGUGAAGGUGGUUGCGGUGCUUGCGUAGUUUUAAUCUCCAAAUAUGAUCCGUUGCACGACAGAGUUGAGGAUUUUACUGCGAGUUCUUGUCUCACACUACUUUGUAGCAUACAUGGAUGUUCAAUAACAACAAGUGAAGGCAUUGGAAAUAGCAAACAUGGAUUCCAUCCAAUUCAUGCAAGAUUUGCAGGAUUCCAUGCUUCUCAAUGUGGCUUUUGUACUCCUGGAAUGUGUGUUUCACUCUUCGGGACUCUUAUUAAUGCCGAGAAGAAGACUAAUCGUCAAGAGCCGCCUUCCGGGUUCUCAAAAGUUACUGUUUCUGAGGUUGAAAAGGCUAUUGCAGGAAACCUUUGUCGCUGCACUGGUUAUCGGCCCAUUGCUGCUGCCUGCAAAAGUUUUGCAGCUGAUGUUGAUAUGGAGGAUCUCGGGUUGAACUCUUUCUGGAGAAAAGGAGAAAGCAAGGAUGUAAAGCUUAGUAGACUGCAUCGAUAUGAUCAUCAUCACAAGAGUAUCAAAUUUCCAAUGUUUUUGAAGGAAAUAAAAAAUGAUUUGUUCAUAGCUUCUGAGAAACACAGUUGGCACAGGCCGACUAGUUUAAAGGAGCUUCAGAGCUUAUUAGAAUUAAAUCAUGCCAACGGAACCAGGAUAAAAGUUGUUGUUAAUAAUACUGGUAUGGGAUAUUACAAAGAUAAAGAAGGCUAUGAUAAGUAUAUUGAUCUAAAUGGAAUUUCAGAGCUCUCAAAGAUCAAAAAGGAUCAAUCAGGGAUUGAAAUUGGAGCAGCAGUUACAAUAUCUAAAGCUAUUGAAGUACUAAAGCAACAAAAUAAGAGUGAUUUUAACUCAGAUUUUGUAAUGAUUCUUGAAAAGAUUGCUGAACAUAUGAACAAAGUUGCCUCAGGGUUUAUUCGGAACACGGCCAGUGUAGGUGGCAAUUUGGUGAUGGCACAAAAGAGUAAGUUUCCUUCGGAUAUCGCUACUAUACUUCUUGCUGUGGAUUCAAUGGUUCACAUAAUGACUGGUUCAAAGUUUGAAUGGCUUUCUUUGGAGGAAUUUCUGGAGAGACCACCAUUGCGUUUGGAGAGUGUGGUUUUAAGCAUUAAAAUUCCGAGUUUGGAAGCUAUUACAUCUUCGGAACAAAGAAAUAGAUUCUACUUUGAAACUUACCGAGCUUCUCCUAGACCGCUUGGAAAUGCCCUUUCAUACUUAAAUGCUGCUUUCUUUGUUGAGAUGUCUCCAAGCGAAGAUACUGGUGGAUCCAUGAUAGAGUCUUGUAGGCUGUCUUUUGGUGCCUAUGGCAAUAAGCAUGCAAUCAGAGCGAAAAAUGUUGAGGAAUUUUUAACAGGAAAGAUGUUAAGUGUUAGCAUUCUAUAUGAAGCUGUCAACUUGCUUACAGCCACUAUUAUACCGAAAAAUGAAAACUCAAACACAGCUUACUGUUCAAGUUUGGCAGCUGGUUUUGUUUUUCAGUUCUUUAACCCUCUAAUUGAAAUAUUUGCCGGUGCAACCAACUCUUACUUAAACGGAUAUUGUAAUUCACCUUUUGUGAAUGAUAUCAAGUUUAUAGAGAAUCAGAAGCAGGUUCAUGAUGACAAAAUUCCAACUUUAUUGUCAUCUGGGAAGCAAGUUCUUGAAGCAGGAAACGAAUAUCACCCCAUUGGUGAGCCAAUCAUUAAAUCGGGAGCUGCGCUACAAGCUUCAGGUGAGGCUGUGUAUGUGGACGACAUUCCUUCACCACCAAAUUGCUUACAUGGAGCAUAUAUAUAUAGUUCAAAACCUUUAGCAAGGGUAAGGAGUAUAAAACUCAGCCCUGAAUUGCAGCUGGAUGGAGUAAUAGAAAUCAUUUCAAGUAAAGACAUUCCCAGUGGUGGGGAAAACAUUGGAGCUAAGACGAUAUUUGGCACAGAACCUAUAUUUGCAGAAGAGAUAGCAAGAUGUGUUGGCGAUCGUUUGGCUGUUGUGGUUGCAGAAAGUCAGAAACUUGCAGAUAUGGUAGCAAACUCAACCAUUGUCGAUUACGAUAUUGAAAAUCUUGAACCACCUAUUCUAUCUGUUGAAGAUGCCGUUAAAAGAUCUAGCUUUUUUGAAGUUCCUCCUUUUCUCCACCCAAAACAUGUUGGUGAUAUAUCAAAAGGAAUGGCUGAAGCUGAUCACAAGAUUCUUAAAGCUGAGUUGAAACUUGGGUCUCAAUACUAUUUCUAUAUGGAGACACAAACUGCACUUGCUGUGCCAGACGAGGAUAAUUGCAUUACAGUUUACUCUUCAAAUCAAUUCCCGGAGUUUACUCAUUCUACUAUAGCAAGUUGCCUUGGUAUUCCUGAGAAUAAUGUUCGAGUAAUUACAAGAAGGGUUGGGGGCGGUUUUGGAGGAAAGACCAUAAAAGCAAUAUCUUUUGCUACAUCUUGUGCACUUGCAGCAAAUAAAUUAUGUCGCCCUGUCAGGAUGUAUUUAAAUCGAAAGACCGAUAUGAUAAUGGCAGGAGGACGGCAUCCCAUGAAGAUAACAUACAAUGUUGGGUUCAAGAAUGACGGGAAAAUUACUGCAUUAGAACUUGAUAUAUUGGUCGAUGCUGGUAUAUAUGUGGAUAUAAGUGUAGCAUUGCCACAUAACAUAGUUACUGCACUAAAAAAGUAUGAUUGGGGUGCGCUAUCUUUUGAUAUAAAGGUAUGCAGAACAAAUCUUCCCAGUAGAUCUGCAAUGAGGGGCCCUGGGGAAUUGCAGGGAUCAUUUAUUGCUGAAGCUGUUAUAGAAAAUGUUGCAGCUACACUUUCAAUUGAUGUAGAUUCUGUCAGAAGCAUUAAUCUUCACACACACAAAAGUCUUCAAUCAUUCUAUGAUCAUUGUUAUGGCGAACCUUUUGAGUAUACCUUGCCAUCAAUAUGGAGUAAGUUAGCUGUUUCUGCAAAUUAUGAACAAAGAACCGAAAUGGUGAAAGAGUUUAACAGAAGUAGUAUUUGGAGAAAAAGGGGAAUUUCUCGCGUACCAGUUGUGUAUCAACUGACUCUAAGAUCAACUCCUGGAAAAGUUAGUAUUCUGUCAGAUGGGUCUGUUGUUGUUGAAGUUGGAGGCAUUGAAUUGGGUCAGGGUCUCUGGACAAAGGUGAAACAAAUGGCUGCAUUCGCCCUUGGUACAAUUCAAUGUGAUGGGACUGGAAGCCUUUUGGAGAAAAUAAGGGUUGUACAAGCUGAUACAGUGAGCUUGAUCCAAGGGGGCUACACUGCUGGGAGCACCACAUCGGAGUUAUGCUGUGAAGCAGUUCGACUUAGCUGUGAUAUCUUGGUUGAGAGGUUGAAGCCUCUCAAGAAAAAGCUGCACGAAAAAAUGGGCUCUAUCAAGUGGGAGGAACUUAUUCUUCAGGCAUACAUGCAAUCUGUAAACUUGUCAGCGUCUUCAUUUUAUGUACCCAACAAUAACUCGACGAUGUACCUUAAUUAUGGUGCUGCAGUAAGUGAGGUGGAAAUAGAUCUUUUGACAGGAGAAACCAGAUUUCUUCAAACAGAUAUUAUCUAUGAUUGUGGGCAGAGUCUAAACCCUGCUGUGGAUUUAGGACAGAUUGAAGGCGGUUUUGUCCAGGGAUUGGGGUUCUUCAUGCUUGAAGAAUAUGAAACAGACCGUAAUGGUUUGUCAUUGGCAGACGGCACAUGGAACUACAAAAUCCCAACAAUAGACACUAUCCCUCAAGAGUUUAAUGUUCAAAUUCUCAACAGUGGACAUCAUCAACACCGUGUGCUUUCCUCAAAGGCUUCUGGCGAGCCUCCCCUACUACUAGCAGUUUCAGUUCACUGUGCAACAAGAGCGGCUAUCAAAGAAGCAAGGAAACAGCUUCUUUCAUGGAGUGACUUGGAUGAACCUGAUUCAAUAUUUCAAUUGCGCGUUCCUGCAACCAUGCCUGUGGUAAAGGAACUUAGUGGACUUGACAUUGUAGAAAGAUACCUGAAAUGGAAGAUGGGCAGGGUGUAAAAGUGCUUAUUAUGCUUUAAAUUUCAGAAGAUUGGUUUUAAUACUUGUAUACUUACAAUAAGACACAGGUAGCUUUUGCAACAAGGAAAAGGAUAUUCUCUCAUUUGGAAACUUCAUGUAAUAUUAUUGUCAUCUUGAACUUUGGUUGUAUAUUUUGAGGUAUAUUUACAAUAAGACACAAGAUAGCUCAGGAGGGUAGCUUUUGCCACAAGGAAAAGGACAUGCUGGAUAACAAAGUGUAUUCUCCCAUCUUGGAACUUCAUGUUAUAUUGUAAUAUUUAUAGAUAUUGAUUUAUGUAUUAAAAUAUUCAUUGAUGAAAUGGUACUAGAAUAAUUAUUCAGUUGAGUGAA